AUGAGAGCCCAGAAUGAUGUAUGGUUUUUGGAAUUUCUAUUAAGAAUUGGUGAGGGAACAGAAAAGGCCUUUAAAAAUGAUUAUGUGCAACUGCCGGAUGACAUUAUGCUUGAGUAUACUGAUGAGCAAUCAAUUGACACUCUCAUUGAUCAUGUGUUUCCUGAUCUAGCUGCGAACUCUAUCUCCGUCAGUAACAUGUGCGAGCGUGCUAUCCUAUCAACAGGAAAUGAGCAUGUUGAUAAUCUCAACGCUAGGAUGAUUGGAAAGUUUCCUGGAAAUGAAAAGAUUUACUACAGUCAUGAUUCCGUAGAUUAUGAUUCAACUAAUAACUAUCAUCUUGAUUUUCUUAACUCAAUUACUCCAAAUGGACUUCCUCCGCAUGAGCUUAAGAUUAAGAAGAACUAUCCUGUCAUACUCCUUCGAAAGUUGGAUCCUCAUAAUGGACUGUGCAAUGGAAUUCGACUUAUAGUGAAGGCUUUUGAGGACAAUGCAAUUGAUUGUGAAAUUGUAAAUGGACAGCAUGCUGGAAAUCGAGUUUUUAUACCAAGGAUUUCCUUGUCGCCAUCAGAGGAUAUUUCACUACCUUUCAAGUUCAAGAGGAAACAAUUUCCAAUAAGACUCAGUUUUGCAAUGACUAUAAAUAAAGCUCAGGGUCAAACUAUACCGAAUGUUGGGAUCUAUCUUCUAGAGCCUGUUUUCUCUCAUGGACAGCUAUAUAUUGCCUUAUCAAGAGGUGUUUCACGUUCAACUACAUGGAUGUUGGCCAAACCUAACAAAGAUGUGGAUCCCUCUGGUAGAAGUACCAAAAAUAUUGUUUAG